AAUCAUCAUAACCCUAAUGAGAUGUUCGCAAAUCGAAGCGUUAAUUGAACGAUGAAAAGUCACAAAACCUGAUGCUGAAUUGCUGACGAAUGACUUAAAAUAUUUAAAAUUUCGCGGUAUCUGAUUUUGUAUAUAGGGUGGAUUAGAGAUAUAUAAAAUGUAAAUCUUUAAUAUAUAGGUAUAGGCAUAUAUAUUUAUAGUGAAAACCGUUAAAACUUAAGAAAGUCAAAUUUCUAAUUUCAUAAUAGAGAUUAAACCUAAAAGUAAUGUAUCAACCAAAAAUAACUACUUUUUUAGUGAGAAAACGACAUAUAAAUGAAGACUAUGAUAUAGAAAACAAAAAAGUAAAGGCAAAUGCAUUACAUAAAAGUGCAGAAUUACCUAAUUCCUUAAGAAGAAAUGACAUUGAUCAGCCAGAACCUAGCCCUAGUCACUCUGAUCCUAAAUACAGCAGUAAUGAUAUAAAUCAUAAUGAUAAAGACAGCACAGUAAGAAAAUUUGAGAAAGAUAUUCAAACUAAUAAAAUAGUAGAAAGUAGCAUUAUUCACUAUGAGGGGUAUGCAAAGGAUGCCAUUGAAGAAUUUGUUGCUCUGGCUAAUGAAAAGUUGCUUCCGGUUUCUGUUAGCAAAGAGAAGUUUAAUUUAUCACCACACACAAACAUAACAGAAUUUUCAUUAUAUAACCAGAAUGGGGAUCUUGUGGAAAUUGAUAGGGAAUUUGUUAAUAGAGAUGAACAGAUCUACAUAGCUGGAUACCUAAAAUCAUUAAGUUUACUUUCUCCUGAUGUUGAUGAAAAUUGCAUUCCUGUGAAGCAUGUUGGGCCUAUAUUAGCAUGGUUUAUUCGUGGUUUUGCUGAAAGCUGCAAAAACCGUAUCACCUUAUCUACUAAAAAUGGUGAUUAUAGUCUACUUAAACCAAGCAGUGAAUAUAAACCUUUAAUGACUAAUUUAUAUGAAAAGAUUUGGAUGUGUAAAGUUGUAGUGGAGUAUUUACAAGAAAAUGAGUACUUUCAACCCACAUAUGAAGAUUUGUUAUCAAUAAUAUGCCAAACAAAAAUACCUGACUUAAAUGAUUUAAUGAUGUCCGAGGAAAUGUUGCAUAAACAUGCACAAUUUCUCUGUGACCAAAUUGCUGGACUAGAGUGUGAAGAAGAUUGUGAACCAUUGAUUAAAUUACCAUGCAUGAGGACACUAGUAAAACUAAUAGGAAUUGAAUUUCGUAAAGAAAAUAUUAUAGGUAAAAUCAAUUACAAGAAAUGCCAUAAAAAGUCAUGGUCAAAAGCAACUACAACACCUUUAAUUCAAAAGACAUUUGAGAAUUUCUUCACAAAACAAUUAGACAUUAUUGAUAAUGAAAAAGUAUUGAUAAAAAGUAAGUGUGGAGUGUGUGGGCCUUGUCAACGUCCAGAUUGUGGGAAAUGCAGGUCUUGUCGUACUAUGCCCAAGUUUGGUGGGACAGGAACAACAACACAAAUCUGCAUCAAAAAGCCACGUUAGUGUUUGGAGUAAAAUCUAUUUAUAUUAACCCAAAAAAAAUUAAUACUUUUUGUGGAAGCUGGAUUUAAAAUGAGACGGUGAAAAAACUAUCGAACAAAAGCGUUUUUUGUGAAUCU